CGUCUGACUCUGGCCGUAAAGAGGCUUCAUUUAGCUCAGCGCUGAUUCCUCGAUCGUGCAUUGGCCUCAGCUUGACGUGAGAGUGCAAAUGUCUCGGAUAUCUAACUGUCGUUUUAUGGAUACUUUUCAGAUGGCUCAUUGUGGGAAAAAGCCGAAAAUGUCAAAGUAUAGCUCCAAGAGUGCAGAUGAUUAUGAACAGUUUCAACCAUGCUUUCUCAAUGAUGAUUUAGAGGAGUUUUACACGUUAAAUACACCGACACCAAGUGAGGAUAUAUGGAAGAAAUUUGAACUUUUAACACCUCCUCGGUCUCCAAAGCGGGAGCCAUAUUCAGACUUCAAUUUGGAUGAAAACACAGACAUUGCCAGUUUUCUGGAUGAUGGCAUAUUUGUCAACCCAAUAAGUUUAGCUUUGCCAUUUCCAGAGACUCCGCCAUCAAAUCCAAGUUUACAUUCCAAAUUAAUACAGGAUUGUAUGUGGUCAGGCAGUCACAAGUCAAAUGAAGACAAAGUCUCUGAUACAAACAUAGAUGUAACAUCCACAUCUUCGGAUUGUGUUGACCCAGCAUCAGUUUUUCCAUAUCCAAUCAAUGAUACAAAAUUGCACAAUCUUGGCACAGAAACCCCUUCGGAUUCAGAAGAUGAAGAGGUUGAUGUUGUAUCCACUGGUGAUGAGAAAUUUGUAUCACAAGCAGUUCAAGUUGAUCAACAAAUUACAUCCCUAAAACAUCAGAACUGUGGUCUACGGACUACUACUAAAUGUGUUAGUGUAAAAAUUGAACCUAAACCCAUUGUGGUUUCUAAUUCAGACUGUGCAGCAAUCAGUGUUCAUAACUAUAGUCUUCCAUAUUCACACGGACUAAAACGAUCGCGUUCAACACAAUCACAUAGUACCGUGUCUCACAAACGGAUAAAACGUGAACUCACGGAGCCGAUGUUAAAGUCUGUAGCACUAAAACUGAAAUCCGCAAAUUCAUCACCCGAUGUGUCAGACUCUGAAGAAAGCGGUGAGGGUAAAAGAACUCAGCAUAAUGUGUUAGAGAGAAAGCGCAGAAAUGAUUUAAAAGACAGUUUUUAUGUUUUACGAGACAAUGUGCCAGAAUUAGACUGUAAAGAAAAAGCUCCAAAAGUGUUAAUUUUACGGAAAGCCUCUGAAUAUAUUCAUUCUAUCAGACGCUUAGAUGUUAAAUAUGUGAAAGAACUAAAUUCUUUACGGCAAAAGAAUGACAUGUUGAGAAGAAAAUUGGAAUCAUUACAAGCUGAAGUUGAUUCAUCAGAUGAGGAGUAUUCUAUAGAAUGACUAACUGGUGUAUUAAUUGACUAACCAAGUGUACCUCGUGUAAUCGUAAUGUGCUAUCACACUGCCAAAGUGUUCAUUGACAAUAAUAUACUGUUAUUGUAACCUAAUCACCUAUCACCCAGACAAUUUGGUUACAAUUGUAUAGCUCUGUUAGUUGUGAUAUUAACAACUAAGGAGAUGUGUGACUUGUGUGGGUUUCUGUUAUGAAUUGUUAAUUAUGCAUUUACAGAUAUAUAUAUAUAUAUAUAUAUAUAUAAAUAUUGUUUAAGAAAUUUUUGUAUAUAAACACAUACAAAUAUAUUUUAACAGGGCUAAAUGAAGGCUUUUUAAUUUAACCCUCGGGUGCAGGGCAUUUUUUUUUUUUUGGUCAAACGUUUGAUGACUAGUAAAGUCAUAAACUGAAGAAACAAAUUAAAUCUGUUUGACACCUUGAA